UCCCGCCCAUCAGUGUGUGUGUUCGAAUCAAUACACGCAGCCAUUACAAUAGACUAUUCAAACCGUACACAACGCGAUUAGAGAAACUAGACUACUACUGCUUCAUUUUCUUUGUUUAAAUUUCAGUUUUAUAAAACUAAAUUUGAACUUUAAAGACGGUACUUCUUGUCUGUUUUUCAAACAGUCGUAUAUGUAAAUAUAGUCAGCGUUGCGUCGACGCGAGACGCUCCGCAUUCCCAGGCAUUUGACUCACAGGAGACGCGCGCGCACAGUCUUUUCCGUUUGUUCAGCGCAUUAAUUCAACGCCUGCAUUUCGUUAACCAAGAAGAUUCAGAUUUAAGAGACUCGCUUCGAUUUAGAUGGCAAGCUUCCCAGAUUUUGUAAACGAAAAUGAAAUAGGUAAAGCUAAGUUCAUCGGGGAACUCAUACCUCCUGUUGCUCCCUUUGACCAGAAGUCUGGACGGGAGACUUGGACUGUAGCUUUUGCACCUGAUGGUUCCUACUUCGCUUGGUCUCAAGGGCAUCGAAUUGUGAGACUUGUACCAUGGAAAAAAUGCUUAGCCAGCUUUUCUGUAAGAAAGGAAGAUCAGUCGAGUGGUGCAGGUCCUCGACGACUGUCCCGGCAGAACAGUGAGGGCAGUCUGCUGCCUGGCGAGCCCAGAGAGCACACCAUCGACUGUGGUGACAUCGUCUGGGGCCUGGCCUUCGGCUCUUCUGUUCCUGAAAAACAGAGUCGCUGCGUUAAUAUUGAAUGGCACAGGUUCAAGUUCGGCCAGGACCAGCUGCUGCUGGCCACGGGCCUCAACAAUGGCCGCAUCAAAAUCUGGGACGUCUAUACAGGAAAACUUUUGCUGAACCUGAUGGACCACACAGACAUUGUGCGAGACCUAACGUUUGCCCCAGAUGGGAGUUUAGUGCUGGUUUCUGCCUCAAGAGACAAGACUCUACGCGUAUGGGACCUCAAAGAUGACGGUAACAUGGUGAAAGUCCUCCGUGGCCAUCAAAACUGGGUCUACUGUAGCGCUUUCUCGCCGGAUUCAUCUGUCCUUUGUUCCGUAGGCGCAGGCAAAGCGGUCUUCCUGUGGGACAUGGAUAAGUAUACUCUGAUCCGUAAGCUGGAGGGCCAUCAUAAUGACGUGGUGUCCUGCGAGUUCUCUCCGGACGGGGCCUUGCUGGCCACAGCUUCCUACGACACCCGUGUCAUCAUGUGGGACCCUCAUACAGCCACCAUUCUGCUCGAGCUGGGGCAUCUCUUCCCCCCUCCCUCACCCAUAUUUGCAGGAGGAGCAAAUGAUCGAUGGGUUCGGUCUGUCGCCUUUUGUCACGACGGUCGGCACAUUGCCAGUGUCACUGAUGACAUGCUGGUGCGUUUCUGGAGCAUCGAUGAGAAGAGUCCUCAAGCCAUCGGCCCUCUCACUAAUGGCCUCUGUUGUGCCUUUUCUACUAACGGGAGUGUCUUAGCUGCCGGGUCUCGUGAUGGCAGCGUGCAUUUCUGGGCUUCUCCACGCAGCAUUGCGAGCCUCCAGCACUUGUGCCGCUUGACCCUGCGGCGAGUCAUGCCCACCCAGCAGGUUUAUACGCUGCCCAUUCCUUUCUCCAUGCACGACUACCUGGCAUACAGGACACUUUAAGUUGAAACGAGAAACACGAAACCAAUGAAAUGUGUAUGGGUUUUUGUUUUUCUUUUUUUCGUAAAAAAAAAUUAAAAUAAAUAUUUUCCUGAUCAAACCGACUCCCUAAUAAAGGUGAGGUCAGUUCUUUUUGUAUUUAUUUAUUUUUCUUUUUUUUUCUUUAAGUUUAGUUUUCCUAGUUGCAAGUGUAUUUCAAUGCUUUGUUCAAAUUUUUUUGUUUUUUUUUUUAGCCCAUAAUAAGGCAGUGGCCUUCAAGCAGCCUUAAUAAAUCAGUGGACCACGUUUUUUUUUUCUCUUUUUUUAUUCUGGUACAAUUUGUACAGCACCUUACAGUUGGUAAAUGAUGGGUGAAAGUGGUGCUUUCUCUGGCUCAGUUUAAGGUAUUCCUAAACUGAGUUUAAAGCGAUGUGACGGGGGGAUUGUCUCCCGAAUGUUCUGCAGUGUUUUCUUUUUCUUUGCUGGUUGUGAGAGGGAUUGAAGGGAAGAGACAAUGUGAAAGUGUGUAUGUGCAUGUGAUGAGCGAAAUAUAGUUGGGUAGUUCAGGGACACAGGCAGUGCCUCCCCUUGACGUGCCUCUUUAGAGAAAAUAAACAUCCACAAACUUAUGCUGCUUCAGUAAUUGCUUUCAUCAUCACAAACCUAACACUUCAGUAACACAUGGGCUAAUUUGUUUCCUCCAUAAAGUGUGUAUUUUUUAUCUGUACAGAGAUCUGUAAAGGCAUGUGUAUAUACAUAUGUUUGUAUAAAUGUGAUAGCUUCAACUUUUUUCCCCAUGCUUCUCAAACAUCACUUUAUGCCUGACACAUUCUCACCACUUAACUCACAAUCGAACCUCAUUCUGUUAACACUUUGACAUUUGCCUUGUGCGUUGUAACAGAGAGCCAAAGUGAGGUUUUGUGGAGGUGUUUUUGUUUGGGCAUAUCUCAUCUACCUCUCAUUUUGAGGAACUGGUUUAUUGGAUCUCCUGGAACAAAAAGGCAUGAUUCUGUAAAUUGAUUGUAUAACGCAUGUGACCCUGCCUGUCAUUUAAAGCAAUUGAAUGGUAUCAAUCAAGAAUGUGGCAAAUUCAUCUGGUCAUGGUCUUGGCAAUACAAAUGUGUUGAAAAAGCUGGAGCCAAAGAUCCCCUUGGGUUCUUAUUGAUAUGAUUGGCACAGUCAGUUUUCUCUUACCCUCAUUUAUGGCUAAAACUUGAAAGUCUUUAUAUGUAUGUCUGUUUAUAUGUAUGCUGAUGUUCAACAGAUUGGGUUUUCUAUAGACCGAUUCCUAUAAAGUAGAUGUAGAAAGGAUACGUUAUAGAUGCACUUCAGUGUUCAAACCAAAAUUUUAGCAGUUGCAGUUUUUUAGAAUACGGUGGUAGUAGUUUUCAAUCAUUAAUGAAUAUUAUAGAGAUGCUUGGAAACUAGUUUAUUUGUCCUACUGUUUCAGACAAAAUACCUAAUGCUGUGCUCAACAGGAGCAAGUGAAUUUGUCAACAAAAAGUCAUUUUACUAGAAUGUACUUUAUUUUAUUAUUUUUUUGUCCUCCAGUCAGUGGGGGUUUUGUUUGUUGGUUUUAUGAUUGUUGAAAUAAAGUAUUUUAAAUCA